AUGACCCACAUCAACGCAUUCUUGGCCGCCGUGGUCGCCGACGACUCGCUCGCGUGGCAUAUGCAGCUGCGUGCCGACACGAUCGCGUUACAAGCACCGGGUCCGAGCUUGCUCGGCCGCAACCACAGCGACGACGACGACGACGGUGUCGAGCAGCUGCGCGAGGCGCUCGCGCAGGCGCGUAUUGCGCUUGACACUGCCAAUGCACGCACCGCGGAGCUCCAACGCGAGCGCGACGCGGCGCAAGCACAGCUCGCGUGGGAGAGCGACCGCCUCAAUGUGGUCAUUGCCGAGCUCCGCUUGGAGCUGGGGCAGCCGAUGAGCGAUGCGUCGCUGCUGAGCGCGAUGGUCGUUGAGAGCCGCACGACGCCGCACGACGGACGGCCCGUCGUCGAGUACAAGCUAGAGCUCGUGACCAACUCGCACGGCACGCUGCACGUGUGGCACCGCCACAGCACAUUCCGCGGCCUCGCAACCACGUUGCGCCAGCGACAUGCGGGCUUGAGCCUCCCCGACCUUGCGGAGAAGCCGACCUUUGGCGUCGGGUCCCGCGACCGGACGCGUGCGCUCAACCAGUUUCUGCACACGAUCACGCACGCGCCCGAGUUGCAGUGGGGCAUCCGCGUCGACGCCCACACGUGCGUGUACAAGCGGCGGCGACCGACGCUGCGCAGCUUGGCCGAACGUCCAUCGGCGGCGCCGACGAUCGCGUCCUCGGACGACGAGUGCUCGCCCCGCAGCAGCUUUGUGGUCCCCGCCUUUGAGUGAGCGUUGAAUGGUAG